GGAAGUCUUAUUCAGGACUCACGCUUUCAAUCGUGCGAGCUAGUGUAGCUUGCUAUAGUUAGCGUUACUUUUACCUUGAGAAUCGUUUUGUAUUUGAGGAAAUGCCUUCGUUAAAUGGGAAAUCAGAAGUUGUCUUUGAGGACGAUGAUUUGCCUUAUGAAGAGGAGAUCAUUAGGAAUCCGUACUCAGUCAAGUGCUGGAUGCGUUACAUUGAAUUCAAACAGAAUGGACCCAAAACAACUCUGAACAUGAUUUAUGAGCGGGCUCUGAAGGAAUUGCCUGGCAGCUAUAAGUUGUGGUACAACUACCUGAGAGAGAGACGAAAACAGGUCAAAGGGAAAUGUAUCACUGAACCAGUUUAUGAAGAGAUCAAUAACUGUCAUGAAAGGUCACUAGUGUUCAUGCACAAGAUGCCCCGAAUAUGGCUUGAUUAUUGCCAGUUCCUUGUGUCUCAGUGUAAGAUCACAAGAAGUCGGAGAACAUUUGACCGUGCACUCAGAGCCCUUCCUGUAACUCAGCACCCUCGAAUCUGGCCUUUAUAUCUCCGCUUUGUCCGCAACUUGCCGCUGCCUGAAACAGCCAUUCGGGUGUAUCGCAGGUACCUUAAGCUUUCUCCGGAGAAUGCAGAGGAAUACAUUGACUAUUUACGGUCCGUUGGCCGCUUGGAUGAAGCAGCUGUGCGACUGGCAGCUAUAGUCAACGAUGAAGGCUUUGUGUCCAAAGAGGGCAAGUCCAACUAUCAACUGUGGCAUGAGCUAUGCGACCUGAUCUCCCAGAAUCCAGAUAAGGUGACAUCUCUAAAUGUUGGAGCCAUCAUACGAGGAGGACUCACUCGCUUCACUGAUCAACUUGGAAAGCUGUGGUGCUCCUUAGCUGACUAUUACAUCAGGAGUGGCCUUUUUGAAAAGGCACGUGACGUUUAUGAGGAGGCCAUUCUCACAGUGGUAACGGUGAGGGAUUUUACUCAGGUCUUCGAUAGUUAUGCGCAGUUUGAGGAGAGCAUGAUUGCGGCCAAGAUGGAAACAACCGCUGAGAUGGGGCAAGAUGAGGAAGAUGACAUAGACUUGGAGCUUAGACUGGCACGAUUUGAGCAGCUGAUAGCCAGGCGGCCUCUUCUACUGAACAGUGUACUGUUGAGACAGAACCCUCACAACGUCCACGAGUGGCACAAGCGGGUAAAACUAUAUGAUGGGAUUCCCCGGCAGAUCAUUAACACAUAUACAGAAGCUGUGCAGACUGUGGAUCCAAUGAAGGCCACUGGAAAGCCUCAUUCCCUCUGGGUGUCUUUUGCUAAGUUCUAUGAGGAAAAUGAGCAACUGGAUGAUGCUAGGACAAUCUUUGAGAAGGCCACCAAAGUGAACUACAAGCAGGUGGAGGACCUUGCUGCGGUGUGGUGUGAAUAUGGCGAGAUGGAGCUUCGCCAUGAGAACUAUGAACAGGCCCUUCGCAUACUGAGGAAAGCUACAGCCAUCCCAUCAAGGAAAGCAGAGUACUUUGAUGCUUCAGAGCCGGUCCAAAACAGAGUAUACAAGUCCCUGAAGGUCUGGUCUAUGCUGGCAGACUUGGAGGAAAGUCUUGGAACUUUCCAGUCUACAAAAGCAGUUUAUGAUCGCAUCAUUGAUCUCCGCAUCGCCACUCCACAAAUCAUCAUCAAUUAUGCAAUGUUCCUUGAAGAGCACAACUACUUUGAGGAAAGCUUUAAAGCUUAUGAGCGAGGCAUCGCUCUCUUCAGGUGGCCAAAUGUUUACGACAUCUGGAACACUUACCUCACCAAGUUCAUUGAUCGCUAUGGGGGCAAAAAGCUGGAAAGAGCCAGAGAUUUAUUUGAACAGGCCCUCGAUGGUUGUCCUGCAAAGUUUGCUAAGACCAUUUAUCUCUUGUAUGCCAAACUGGAGGAGGAAUAUGGACUGGCUCGACACGCGAUGGCUGUCUAUGAGAGAGCUACACAAGCAGUGGAAACGGAGGAGCGACAUAAUAUGUUCAAUAUCUACAUAAAGAGAGCAGCGGAGAUCUAUGGAGUCACAUAUACUAGAGCAAUUUAUCAGAAGGCCAUUGAGGUCCUUCCUGAUGAGCAUGCAAGGGAGAUGUGCCAACGAUUUGCGGACAUGGAGAGCAAACUGGGUGAAAUAGAUCGGGCCAGAGCGAUCUACUCCUACUGCUCCCAGAUCUGUGACCCAAGGGUGACGGCUAAUUUCUGGCAGACAUGGAAAGAAUUUGAGAUCCGCCACGGAAACGAAGACACCAUUAGAGAGAUGUUGAGGAUUAAACGCAGUGUCCAGGCCACUUACAACACCCAGGUCAACUUUAUGUCCUCUCAGAUGAUGAAAGCCACAACAAGCGCCACAGGCACUGUUUCGGACCUGGCUCCUGGCCAGAUGGGAAUAGACGACAUGAAAUUGUUGGAACAGAAAGCCCAGCAGCUUGCUGCUGAGGCAGAGCAGGACAAACCCAAACCCAAAGAGAAGAUUCUCUUUGUCAGGAGUGACACAUCUCGCAGUGAGCUGGCUGAACUUUCCAAGCAAGCCAAUCCUGAUGAGAUCAACAUUGACGAAGAUGAUGAUGAAGAUGGCGAUGACCAAGGACCUGAGGAGGUUCAGCUUGAACAGAAGAGUGUCCCAACAGCGGUCUUUGGAGGCCUUAAAGAUGACUGAUCCAUCAUUCUCUCUAUUAAGUAAAGCUGUAGACUUGUCACCAUUCAGUAGAUGCAUUUUUAAAUUGGAAUAAUUAUUUGGUUGUAUUCAUAUGUGAGAGACUACAUUUUGUUGUUAGUAAAAAAAGGCCUGCUUGUUUUGACCACAUGGUGUCAGUCUUCACCAAGCGUGAGAUUCCACAUAGUUGUCCUAUUGUUCGAGUUAUUUUUUCUUUCUUUUUUCUCCUUCUUUCUGUUUCCAUCAUGCAAUACUAAUGUUUGGCAGCGUAAUAACUGUGAUGUAGUUAAACUUUAUUUUUUGACAACAUUUUAUAAAACAAUUAAAAGUACAAAUUCUUUUUCACCCAUGAGAAACAUAAAGAUCCCUCUGACAGGAAGCUCUGCCCUAGAAAACAGAGGGGAGGAGCGUAGUUUCUUCAGCUGGGAGCAUUCAUUUCCAAAUGGAGCUGACUAUUGAAUCCUCUCAUUGUUUACUUAUGUAUUCCAAGUAGUUGGUCUACUUGGAAAGUCUUGAGUAUCCAAAAAGAUUAUAAGGGCUGCAGACAAAUGUAACUUCUAAAGACUCUUAAGACGUCCAUAUACAAGCAUCAUUUGUAUAUUUACACGUAAAGUCAAAGUAGAUUCACAUUUGAAUGUCGGUUUGAUAGAGAUCCCACCUCUAUAUAUUUAGCUGUAAUUGAAAGCUACUUUCCUCAGUGAUUAUUUUUAUGGCUGUAUUGCAAUAAAAAAGGUGACUAUUGUCUUUGAGGAUCCACUGGUGGUUUUUGAAUGUUUUUCUUGUGUUGACACACUAUGAAUGUUGCCAGUAAAUGUUAAUAGAUUCAGUUUAAAUCACUGAAACUUUAUUUCUAAAUUUUCAAAUGUCAUAUGCAACAACUGAGGAUACUG